CUACUCUCCCUCCCUCUAUUUAAGCUUCCCUCCAUCUCCUCCAGCCUAUAACUCCACCACAAAAUCAAGCAGCAGCAGCACCAGUACUUGCAGAAGCAGAAGAAAGAAGAAUCAGCUAACCAAAAAACAUGGCUUCUCACCUGAUCCACAUAGCACUUCUUCUCUCCCUCGCCCUCAUCCUCCCUUCCUCCCAUGCCGAGGUGAUCUGCGAGGACUUGCCCGUAGAUCUCUGCGCUUUCUCCAUAUCGUCCACCGGACAUAGAUGCCUCCUCGAGAGCUAUCGCACGAAAGAAGGCGGCGAGGCGACGAAAUAUCAGUGCAGGGCUUCAGAGGUGGUGGUGGAGAGAGUGUCUGAUUGGAUCGAGAGUGAUGAAUGUGUCAGGGCUUGCGGCGUCGAUCGGACUGCAAAAGGCAUCUCUUCUGAUGCCCUCCUCGAUUCCCAAUUCACUGGCAAGCUCUGCUCGUCCACUUGCUAUGAGAGCUGCCCCAAUAUUGUUGAUCUUUACUUCAAUCUUGCAGCAGCAGAAGGUGUUUUCCUUCCAGACCUCUGCCAUGCCCGUCGAUCGAACCCGCGCAGAUCCAUGGCGGAAAUACUCAGCUCGGGAGCUGCUUUCGGUCCGGCGGCGGCCGCAAGUGAGCUCGCCGAUGAUUUCGCUCCUUCGCCCUCUGCAUAAUCAAUUGAUUCUCUUUAUAAAUGUAGCAGCUUUGCUUGGAAUUUUUGGAAUUGUUGUGUAAAGAAAGUAGGGAGAUUGAGAGGCACAAUUGAAGGAACCAUACAUACAUUCUUUCUCGUCUAUAGAUUUACUUGUAUUACACACACACACAUACAUUUUCCUAUGUAACUAUUCAUUCAAAUGAGUUGAUUUGGAUUCUAUAUUCCUUUA